AUGACAGAAGGGAUCGAGAAUGCCUUCAUGGCAUCCCAAGGGCCUCAUUAUAAUGUCACCGGUUGCAUUUUUCCCCUACAAAUAUGGGCCGUUGAGAGAGUACCAGCUCUCCAACAAUGUAUAAUUUCAUACGUUCCCUUCCAAUUUCCACGAAUCAUACAAUAUCGGGGAUGGAAGCUUCCGAGGUAUAAGAAGAUUCAUGAAAUUAUAGAGAGCAAAGAUCCAGAAAAUGAAGAUGUUCUCUUGCAGGCUAAGAUCAUUGUUAACUUAGAGCCAACCACAGAGGAGUUGGAAACAGAGUCCGUUCGUUUGGCCCGUGAUAUAUUUGAUAGCACUAAAGAUGAAGAUGAUGAAGUUAUGGAGGAGAAAUCGGGACAGGGAGAGGGUGAAGAGGGUGGAGAGGGAGAAGGGGGAGAGGAAGACAGUACUGGUGAUGGAGAGGGAGAGGGAGCGGAGUUGCAACUCACUGGGGAGUCGAUGGAAGAUAGGGAGGAGCUGGAGGCGCAGAGGCUUCAGUUGGAGAGAGAGAGGGAAGAGUUGAAGCUUCUCGAACGCACACUAAAAGAGAGAGAAGAAUCGAUUAAGAGGGAGAGAGAAGUAGUACUUAAUGAGGUUGAACUAAUGCUGAAACUGAAAGAAGCUUUGAGGUUAGAGAAGGAGGAGUUGAAUGAGAUGGAGGUUUUGAAGAAGGAGAGGGAAAUGCUGCUGAGGGAGAAGGAAGAAUUGAAGAAGGAGAGGGAAGAGUUGGAGGAGGGUAAAGUGGAGUUGAAGAAGCAGAUGGAGGCAUUUCGUAUAGAGAAGAUUCGGUUCUGGAAGGAGGACUGUGAGAAUCAGAAGAAAGAGUCUGAGAAGGAGGACGAGGAUGCGUUGGGCGUUGAUAUACGUGAGAAAUCACUGCAAUCCAUUCCAGUAUAUACGAGGAGACCUAAGAGGGUGCUGAAGCCGUCUGUCUACAAGUGUUCUCCAUUCAUUUCUAUCUCUGCCGUGCAAACCACUCCAAGCAACGCCGCCAACGAUGAGAAACAGAGAAAAUUUCCGACUUCUCCGAUACCCCUUCAGGCCAUGAUCGAUCCACUUAGGGUAAUAUCGCAGGACGAACUCCAUGAAUUGGAAAGCUGAGCCAACGCAAACAAAGAAUCACUUGAAUUUCGAUGGUUCAAGACCAUUUGGGAGAAGAAUGCUUAGGUUGACAGCGUGGGCUAGAAAAACUCUCUCCUAUUAGCAUUGUCAAGCCGCAUGAGGGGCAGAAGGCCAUGUGGCAACAUGAAGAGUCAAUCACGCCAACAGUCAUUGGUACCUGAUGGUCAUCCACCCUCGAGACCGAGAAAUCAUUAUACUUGACAGUUUAUACUCGAGAGCACUCAAUCGAUACAGGCAACAUACUGAUCUGAUGAAGGAGGCUUUGCCUAUAUUAUUUUACGCCACUGGAGAUAGGGCUGAGCUGCAAGGAAAUGCUUGGACGGUCAGAGAAGAUACCUCUAUACCAAAGCAGACGAACGGAUAUGACUGUGGCAUUUUUGUCAUGAAAUAUAUCGACAUUUUGUGCAGCGACCACAUUUUGACAGGGAGAGACUUGCAGCCAUUCACUUCCAGCUUUAGGGAGUCAAUAGCCUAUGAUUGCCUUAGUGAGUUGAAAAUAUGAUAUA